AUGGCUCUUGCCGAGGACACUCCCAGCAAGUACGUCACCCUCGUCUCUGGCGACGGGCUGGAGUUUGUCGUCCUCCGCGAGGCCACGCUUGUCAGUCCAACCAUCAAGGGCAUGCUGCGAGGCCCCUUCACCGAGGCGAAGACAGGCCGAUGCACCUUUCCUGAGAUAAGUGGUGAGGUUCUCGAAAAGAUUGUCGAGUACUUCCACUACUGGUACCGCAACCGCGACAAGGAGGACGUACCUGACAUGGAGAUACCCGUCGAGAUGUGCCUCGAGCUGCUGCAGGCGGCCGACUACUUCAACCUGAUGCCCAGCCGGCAGGAAGGGCGGGAGGCGGCUUAG